CCGCCCCGCGCAGCCCCGCCCCGGCCGCGAUCCGCCAGCGGGGCCGCGGGGUCCGCCCGCGCCGCCCCGCGCCGCAUCCCGGGACCAUGAGCUUCUUCGGGUUCGGGCAGAGCCCGGAGCUGGAGCUGGUGCUGAGCGACGCCGAGAGCCGGCGGCGGGUGGAGCACAAGACGGAGGAAGGCAAGAAGGAGAAAUACUUCCUCUUCUACGACGGCGAGACCGUGUCGGGGCGGGUGGUCCUCACCCUCAAGAACCCAAACAAGCGACUGGAGCACCAGGGCAUCAAAGUGGAGUUCAUCGGGCAGAUCGAACUCUACUAUGACCGAGGGAACCACCACGAAUUCGUGUCCCUGGUGAAGGACCUGGCCCGGCCUGGGGAAUUCACUCAAUCUCAAACAUUUGACUUUGAGUUCACACACGUGGAGAAACCUUACGAGUCCUACACCGGGCAGAAUGUGAAGCUACGGUAUUUCCUCCGUGCCACCGUGAGCCGCAGGCUGAACGACGUGGUCAAGGAGAUGGACAUCGUUGUGCACACCCUGAGCACCUACCCCGAGCUCAACUCCUCCAUCAAGAUGGAAGUGGGCAUCGAGGACUGCCUGCACAUCGAGUUCGAGUACAACAAGUCCAAGUACCAUUUAAAAGAUGUGAUUGUGGGGAAGAUCUACUUCCUGCUGGUGCGGAUCAAGAUCAAGCACAUGGAGAUAGACAUCAUCAAGAGGGAGACGACGGGCACGGGGCCCAACGUGUACCACGAGAACGACACCAUAGCCAAGUACGAGAUCAUGGAUGGGGCACCUGUGAGAGGGGAGUCCAUUCCCAUCAGGCUCUUUCUGGCUGGCUACGAGCUGACUCCAACCAUGAGGGACAUCAACAAGAAGUUCUCUGUGCGUUAUUACCUCAAUCUGGUGCUGAUCGAUGAGGAGGAGAGACGCUACUUCAAACAGCAGGAGGUGGUGCUGUGGAGGAAAGGGGACAUCGUGAGGAAGAGCAUGUCCCACCAAGCUGCCAUCGCGUCGCAGCGCUUCGAGGGGACGUCCUCGCACGGCGAGGCCAAGCCCCCCGGGCAGCCCCCCGAGAACAACGGCCGGCAGUGAGGCCGGGGGGCGCCGGGAGCCCCCCCAGCACAGCGGCACCGACAGGAGACGCUCAGAGACUUCACAGAAAUAAAUACCCGGUUUUGACUUCAUUCCUUUCUUCGAAGGACUGGCGGGGUGGGAUGGGGCGGGAGGGCUCGGCCAGCUGGAGCUGGAGGUGCCACGGCGCUUCCCAAUCCAUCCGUUCCUCCGGAGGCCGGGCCCGGCUGAUGGAGGCAAUGCCCGGGGGCUGCGGGGCUGCCUGAUCUCCUCUGUGCCCCCAGAGCCUCGGCCUGGCAGGGAAGGAGAGAGCAAGUGAAGGCCCAGGCUGCCGUGUGGAGGGUGCUUUGGGGCUCUGUAGGAUGGAUGUUUUUCUUGCCUUUCCGAAAUCUUGCCUGGGGAAGACGGCCCGGUGACGAGCUGGAUGCUGGAGGAGGGAUCAGAGACUGCGGCGUGGCCUGCUGGAAAUCUUGUGGUGUCAUCCCCUCGCUGCUUCCCCUUCUUCCUCUUCGUGCUGGCGUUGGAUUCCUUGCCACAGGCAGUUGGAUGCUGGAGGUGACUCAGCCCUGGGACUGCCACCCAGCCACGUGGAGCACGGGCAGGGCCGUGCUGUGUCCCACCAGGAGCUGUGGCUGGUAGGAGGGAGUGAGAUGUGGCUACAGGAGGAGGUGGCAUGGGGUGGGCAGAGCGGUGACGGUCCCAGUGCUGCUGGGUGGGCAACAAGUUGGGGCAGGAAGGCUCCUGGCCACGAGCUGUGCCUUCCUAGUCUUGUCCCAAGAUCCACACUCUGGCUGCUGCUCUCGUGCAGCUCCCAGGUGCUGCUGCAGGAAGGUGUAGAGAGCAGCUCUGGAGCUCUUGGGGGCUCUCCUGUGGAUGGAUUUACUGCCCUGCCCGUGUCUGUGUCCUCGGGACAGCAGGCUUUGUGUGGGGAUGGACAGCAGUGUGGGGACACGAGCGUGUGGUCUGGUUUGCUGCCUCGUGCCUGUGGGAUGAGGGUUAGUGGGGACAGAAGGUGGAUGCAGUUGGUGUGGGAGGCUCAAACAGGCCCGUGGGGGCUGCUGGAAGGAGCCAAGCAGCACCUGGAAGGGUGGCAGAGCUCUGAUUCCAGAGACACAUUCCUGAGGCCUGAACUGAAGUCACCAGCGAGGUCUGGUGAGCAUGCAGUGAAGGGAGAACCUGAAUGUGGGUUUUCUUUUUUAAAAUAAGCUGCUUUUAGCCUUCAGCUAAGUAGACUCAUGAGAACAUUCCCAGAAGGAAGUCACUCCUCCAUUAAAAAUCAGAUGUGGCUUUGUAGAUUUGAUUGACUGGGUUUGGAGAAUGUCCAUCCUGUCCAGCUGCCCUUCACCAAGCAGGGGGUGAGACCUCCUACCCGAGGGGGAGACCAGCCUGCACUGAGUGCUGGGAUAUGAGCUCUGUCAAGUGGGAUUUGUCUGGAUUUCCCUGAGUUUGUGGCUCGCUAGUUUGUCCAGCUUCCUUUUGGCUCUGGAAUCAAGCUUCUCUGUCCUACAGCUGAACGUAGAGCAGGUGUCCUGCAGCUGGGAAUUGGAAGUUUCUGCUUUGUUCAGUGCAGUGCUGGUGGAGGGAGUGGGGCUGGGGUGGGAAGGGGAGCUUUUUCUGUAAUGACAGCUACUGUAUUUCAGUGAUAAAUGUGUGUUUCUGCUUGCCAAAGUAAGUUAUCUUUCCCUCACCACGUGUAAGGUUGUGGUUUUUAGUAGAGCUGGCCAGUCUCACUCUGUAGAGGACACUAAUGCUCUCAUCUCUGCUGAAUGCUCGUGUCACCCCCUGGUGCUGCUGUGCCCCACUGACGACGUGGCUUGCUUGUCCCCCCACGGGGAGCCUGUGCCACGGGCUGGGGCCGUGUCUUGCCAAGGCUGGAGCAAGAGCUCGCUGCAGACAACAACCAGCGAGGGCUGGGGGCCUCUGCCAUGGCAAAGGACCCUGGAUGUCACUUGGGACACUCCUCCCUCCCCCCCUCGGGGGGGACUGGCUGUGCUGCAGCCAGGCACAAUCCUCUAGGGACAAGUGAGGCUCCUUUGGGAGCUCCUGGGGAUAGCAAACUGUUCUUCAAUGGCCGAGCUGAGCACAGCAGUGCCCUUGCAAUCUUCUUAAGCUUUCCUUCAGCUCCCUCCUUGCCUUUAUUCCUUUAUUCCCUUUAUUCCCCUGGAUUGUAGGCCGUGUGGUAGGAAAGAAGCCCCCUGGAUGGAGAUGCCUCUGCAUUCCAGGAGUUUUUUUUCUCCUGCCUGGCUGGGUGUGAGAUCAUUGCCUGGGGCUGUAAGGAGAUGGCUGUUCAACAGCUGUUCAUCAUUCCUGGAGGGUUCCUUAGGAAAAGGUGCAUGAGCCUGUACAUUGAUUUGGGAGAUUUUUCCUACCUUGUCCCCUCUCCCCCGUGUCCCUGCGUGCGGAACCAGAAUUCAGAAAUGUCCCCAUUUUUACUGACUCUGAUGGACCAUUCAGCCUGUUAGCCACUGGGCCCUGUUUGUCUGGGGUGGAGCAGAUGUGCUGAGCAUCCUUAGAGAGAAGCUGGGGGCACUGCAGGACAAGGUACUCUAGAGCAGUGUUUUGUUGGCAUGUCAAGGGGCAGAUGCAGCUCGAGCAGUUCUGUCCCCCUGAGCUGGUGGUUCUGUGCUGUACUUGGGUCAUUCCCUCCCUCCCUCCCAGGCAGAGGGGAGUGGGCCAGUACCAAACCAAGCAGUGCAAGUUGUAAUUAAGCCUCUGCUGUGUUUACAUGUUUCUUAAUUCGUUGUCUUUUCAAUGGCUGUAUUUUAAAACUUGGGUUUUUUUGUCUCUCCAAUUAAAAAGAGCCAGCCCUGGCUGUCAAAUGCUG